UUAAUAACCAUCCAAACAAGAUGUAAAACGAGUGUGUUUUUAUUUCUCAUAAACAAAAAAGAAAAUGAAAAAGAGAAGGAUGGAAAUGGAUCAUAUUUGCGGAGCAGGCCGGAGUGACCCGGUGGCAGUUAAAUCCAGGGAGGAGGACUCAAGACUAUUGUGUUAGUGUCGCUGUUAUCAGAAAAAGUAAGGAAAUGAAGAAGCUUAUGGAAUUCGGGAGAAAAGCGAUGUUCUAUAUUAGGGUUCUGUCAGGUUAUGAAGAGCGUAGAAUUCGAUCCUAUCGAUUACAGCUUCAACAGCGUCUCCAACAGGCGGAAGAGAGAAAGGCAGCAGUAAGGAAGAUUCCUGAGCAGAUGAUUUUAUCAGAAGUUAGGCGCAUGGUAGAAGAGAUGCAAGCUUUAAAUAAGAAGUUAGAAGAUACUGAGACUGCUAUAAAUGAUUAUUUCAAGCCUUUAGACCAGCAAGCAGAGGAAGUAGUGAAAAUGCAACUUAAGGGAGAUGAGAAAAGAAAAGAUGAGCUGAUGGAGGCCAUGCAGAAGCAAGCACUUCUUGAGAUGGCUCAAGCAGAGAAACAGAAAAAUAUGAAAAUGCUAAACACAAACACACAUGUCCAAGAGAAAACAUUUACAGAAACACUCAAUCAGAAGUAAGAUAAUUUUGUAGAGUAUUAAGUUGUUCGCGAAAUUGGUACUGUGAGAGUUCAUAUAGCUUUGCUUCUCCAAACGGCAUUAUUUUGACAAUGCAAGAAAAGAGGAAUCAGGUCCUGUCCUAAGCAUCGGAUGAAUUUGUAACUAAGGAAUAACAAGCCUCCAAAGACCAGAGGCGGAGAUAGGAUUUAGAGUUUUAUGAGUUCUGAAUUCUAGAAAAGACAACUUAUUCUUGAUAAAUUAUUUAUACAUAUUUUAAGUGGAUUUUUAACCACAAAUACAAGGUUUGGGUCAAAGCUACUGGGUUUCAAACCCUUAGACAGCCUUGCAGCUCCGUUCCUACAUGUCUCGUCAUUCAUUUCAAUAACCCAUGCCAGUUUUAAUUGUGGA